AUGGUGAAAAUCCCGAAAACCCGCCGGACAUUCUGUAAGAAGUGUGACAAGCACCAACCUCACAAAGUGACACAGUACAAGAAGGGCAAGGAUUCUCUGUACGCCCAGGGGAAGCGGCCUUAUGACAGGAAGCAGAGUGGCUAUGGUGGGCAGACUAAGCCAAUUUUCCGGAAAAAGGCUAAAACUGCAAAGAAGAUUGUGCUAGGGCUUGAGUGCGUUCAGCCCAACUGCAGACCCAAGAGAAUGCUGGCUACUGAAAGAUGCAAGCAUUUUGAACUGGGAGGAGAUAAGAAGAGAAAGGGCCAAGUGAUCCAGUUCCAAGUGCCAUCUUUUAUUAUGAAGACGAUAAAAUCCUGAGUUUAUGUUCACUUCAAAAAAAAAAAAAAAAGAAAAA